AUAAUGGUCACCGGAGGAGAGUGGAGAGCCAGAUAACCCUGCAACAUGGAAACUUCAGAGCAGCCCUAGAGGAUAUGAAAAAGCAGUUGAAAAAGCCUUUUCACAACUGGAAAAAUAUUUUAAUUCCUUCUGACUUGGAAAUCAACCUAUCCAAGCUUCGUAUGGAUCCCUCCGGCAGUGACGAGGAUGCAGAUGCCGACUUUGACACCCAGGUCAUCAUCCAACAGAGUCUGCUGGAUGUUUACAAGCCAGGGAUAGCUCAGCACACGCCAGAAGCGGCGAGACUCCAUUCCUUCCCAAGUGAUGAUUAUAAGAAGAUAGCUGAAGCCAUCGAGACAGGUAAGGAAGAUGCAUUGGCAGGCUUUGCCAAGUACCAUCCAGCCUUUGAUGAAGCCAAUGGGAAUGGCUGGCUUCCUCUGCAUAAGGCAGCAGUGCAGUUAAACAAGAACAUCUUAGAAAUAACCAUGAACGCUUCCGAACCCAGUACGUGGGAACGAACCACUCACAACGGUGAAACAGCACUUUUUUUGGCUGUCAGCAGUAGCCUCCUGGAAAACGCCCACUUUCUCCUUCUCAAAGGCUGUAAUCCAAACGCUAAAACUUCUGAAGGCAAUUCUCCUCUUCUUACAGCUGUUCUGAAAGACGCCUACGACAUGGCCACCUUGCUGAUCAGCCAUGGAGCAGAUGUCAAUCUCCGAUGUGCCAAUGAGAGGACAGCUCUCCAUGAAGCUGCCAAGCUGGGCAGACUGGACAUGGUAAAACUGAUGCUGGCUUCUGGAGCAUACCCAGAUGCACGGAGCUCCUACGGAUUCACGCCCCUUGCCCUCGCUGCUCAAGGUGGACACACUGGGAUCAUGCAACUACUACUGCAGAAAGGAGCUGACGUUCACAGUCAGGCCUCUGACUCGUCCUCUGUGUUACUUGAAGCUGUUAGAGGAGGGAAUCCGGAAGCUGUGAGUCUGUUGUUAGAGUAUGGAGCUGAUGCCAACAUUCCUAAGAGUUCAGGCCACCUGCCCAUCCACGUGGCAGCUGACAAAGGCCAUUUCCUAGCUCUAAAGGUAUUGGUCCCAGUCACAGACAUCGCAGCCAUCAAGAAGAGCGGGAUCAGUCCGGUUCACUGCGCAGCAGCUGGGGCGCACCCCCACUGCCUGGAACUUCUCAUUCAGGCUGGAUUUGAUGUGAAUUUCAUGCUGGAUCAGAGAAUCCGUAAACAUUAUGAUGAUCAACGGAAGUCAGCCUUGUAUUUUGCUGUUUCAAACGGUGACCUCCCUUCAGUUAAGCUGCUUCUGAGUGCUGGAGCUCUACCCAAUCAAGACCCAGUCAACUGCCUACAGAUAGCUCUUAGGAUGGGCAACUAUGAGCUCAUAAGUCUAUUACUGAGGCACGGGGCCAACGUCAACUACUUCUGCCGCGUUAACCCUUUGCAUUUCCCAUCAGCGCUACAAUACACAUUGAAAGAUGAAGUCAUGCUCAGGAUGCUGUUGAAUUAUGGCUAUGACACUGAGCGAUGUUUUGAUUGUCCUCAUGGAGAAAGGGUUCAUCGGUUUUGUACUUUUGAAGGCUGGACAUCUACAGUUAUUAAAGAUACUAUGUUUUGUGAAGUCAUAACUUUGUCAUGGCUACAGCAUCUCUCUGGGAAAGUUGUUCGUGUGAUGCUUGAUUAUGUUGAUCAAGUUCAAAUCUGUUCAAAAUUGAAAGCUGUGCUGGAAAAACAAAGGCUCUGGCCAGAAAUACAUUUUAUCUUGACCAACCCCCGUUCUCUACAACAUUUGUGCCGCCUUAAGAUCCGGAAGUGUAUGGGACGGUUACGUUUGCGCUGCCCCGUCUUCAUGUCGUUUCUUCCGCUGCCCAAUCUCUUAAAAGCGUACGUCCUUUACAAAGAAUAUGACCUUUUUGGACAAGAACGUUCUACAGGAACAUGGUAACUAAGCUCGUCUAGAGGGCAAGGUAUAAUCUGCAGCACUUUCUUAACAACUUGCUUGUUGUAAAGGAUUUUUUCUUUACUUUACUCAGUAAAUCUCAGUGCAAACUACAUUGUUUAAAAAGCGUGUUCUGUGUGGGAUACCUCCCUAUGACCUGUUGUUCACAAGUUUCAGGAAACUUUCAAAUAAUACAUUAUUUGAAUUAUUAUUGAAUACAAAUAAUCAUUGUUCUUGACUACACACCAUAACUCAGUGAGACACUACUGCUGCAAACAUCACACACUUUGGUCUCAGGACACAGAGAUAUCAAGAAACAUCUCCUAGCUGGCUGGAAACAUCUCCUAGCUGGCUAGCUUUUCUAGCAGUGCAAGUUGUUCGCAGACAUCUGGUUGUGGGAUGGGACUCAUCACUGCCUUACCCAGCUGGAGACUGCAUGCUACACAGUAUCUCACUGCCAGGCAAUGUGCCCCUGAUGCAGUGGUGGCCAGACUGUGAUGGGCUAGUCACCUAUACCCUGACUGGAUUUGGACUCACUCUACAUGAAGGAAUUCAUGUCUGGUACAAUGGCCCCCACCUGCUUGUGGGUGGGGAGCAUUGCUGUUGUUUUCAAAGCCCCAGGCUGCAAAGGUCAUGAGCCUUAGGAGGGAGCUUACUGGGAUUUUGCUAAAUGAACAUGUCAGACUGCCUUUUAAAUCUGUUAUAAAUGAGUUAUCUCCGCCUUGGACAGAGAUGUUUCUUUUUUUGUGGUGUCAAUUAAGGCAGAGGCUCCUAACUGGGGAAAUAUGGGAAUAAAUGCAUGGUGAGUGCUCGGCCUUAGGCAGAACAUUCAGCCUCCCCGUGAGGCUGAGCACAUGGCAGAAGGAGCAGAAAAACUGUUACGAGCCAGAGGAUGAGGAUGGGGCCAUGAAACUGUACACAGCAUGGUCAUCAGGACCUCAUGAACUAUAGACACUGGGGAGCUGCACAAGACCGGGCCCACGAACAUCCCAUCACAGUGCCCGAGGGAGAGUGCCUGAUGACCAGGAUUUGAACCCCACUAACUAGCAAGAGGAAAACCAACUCCAACAAGUGUCCUCUAAUCUCCACAUGCAUACCAUGGCACGCAUGCCCUUUCUCUAAAUGAAUAAUUUUUAAAAAUCCCAUCAUGGAUCAUAGUGAGAUCAUGAAGCCCCACUAUUCCCAGAAGAGGAGCUACUGGUAAUUGGCAGCUGCUAAGCAAGGAGAGUCACUUUCUUCAGUGGAGUAACCCUGGAAGCUGUUCAGGAGGGAGGGGAAAAAGAAAAAAAAAA